CCACGGAUUCUUCUCGUGGGUGUGAUGAUUGUGUUGUUUGUGCUGAUUGUGCGUCGCCACCGCUUCUUCUUCUUUUUCUCAACAUGAGCUCUGUUCUCACAGCCCAGGAUAUCGACGUUUUUCUCGCUUUUGAGGCCUUUGACUUCGACACCACAGAGUUCAAUGAUGGUUUGUUGGCUGUUCUCAAAGCCUACCAGGCUUCUGGCCAGCACAAGUUGAGCCCACAAGAAAGAAAUCAGUUAGUUGCUCAGACCAAGCUGUACUACUUUUCCACCAAGACCGGAAACAUUUUGGAUUUGCUGGAGUAUUUUCAUUGGAAGAAAAGCCAGCAACAGGCCAAACUGGCUGCUCCUGCUGACACCACCACCAACAGCGGUCACCAAGACCAAUCACCAACUUAUUCUAGCAAUUAUCAAAACAUUGUCGAAUUGAUAUUAUCUGGUAAGCCUAUUCCAGGCAUCAAGAAGAUCCCUAAUACAGUAUUGAAGGAGUCUUCUAAAUCUGUAAAACAACAACGAAAGAAGCCCUGGGAAUUAAAAUGAUCUGCAAAAAUUGAAACAUUUAUUGGAAAUUAUAAAGAAGAAAAAACUAACAAAUGAAUAUCUGAUGUCUAAAGAUAUGGAAAUAUGAAAGUAUGAAAAUAUGGAUAGAAAAUUUUUUUGUUUUAAAAUUACCUUAAUAUUAUAUAACGC